AUGUCGCCGAUGAAGUUGAUAGUUGUUCUUAUAGUAUUGGCAACGACUCUGGUCAACGCUAAGGACUGGUGGGAAAAUGGAAAUUUCUAUCAAGUUUACCCGCGUUCAUUUCGGGACAGUGACGGUGAUGGCAUUGGUGAUUUGAAUGGCGUUACUGAAAAACUUGAAUACCUCAAAAAUAUCGGAUUUACCGGUAUAUGGCUGUCUCCUAUUUUUAAAUCGCCCAUGGUGGACUUUGGAUACGAUAUCUCGGAUUUUUAUGCCAUUCAUCCGGAAUAUGGUACUAUGGAGGACUUUAAAAACCUUAUAAAAAGAGCAAAGGAAGUGGGCAUAAGGGUGAUAUUAGAUUUUGUUCCCAACCAUACCAGUGAUGAGUGCGAGUGGUUUCAAAAGUCUGUUAAUCGCACCGAAGGCUAUGAGGAUUUUUAUGUUUGGCACAAAGGCAAAGUAGAUGCUCAGGGUCAGCGACAGCCGCCCAGCAAUUGGAAGAGCGCCUUCCGUUAUAGUGCGUGGGAGUGGAAUGACGAGAGACAACAGUACUACCUCCAUCAGUUCUCCAUUAAGCAGGCAGACUUGAAUUUUCGCAACCCCUUAGUGGUGGCAAAAAUGAAGGAAGUCAUGAGGUAUUGGUUGGAUAUGGGUAUUUCAGGCUUUCGAAUUGACGCCUUGCCAUUUAUGUUCGAGAAGGGCCCCGAUGAAAAUGGGAAUUUUCCAGAUGAACCGGUCAUUGACGAUGUUAGUAUUUGCCCAGAUCCUGAAGACUGGUGCCACUUGAAUCAUACCUACACUCAAAAUCAACCGGAGUCCAUAGAAAUGGUAUACCAGUGGAGAGAACUGACUGAAGAAUACAAAAAGGAGCAUGGAGGCGGCACUCGUCUUCUUCUGACUGAAGCAUACACAACCUUCGAAAAUUUGAUGCUUUACUAUGGGAAUGGCAUUCGCAACGGUUCCAUGAUACCCUUCAACUUCUAUUUUAUGCAAAAUCUUUUGAAGAACUCGACAGCGGCUGAAAUAAAAGAUAAUAUUCUGAGAUGGAUGGACAAAAUGCCAAAAGAUGUAUUGGCAAAUUGGGUAUUGGGCAAUCAUGAUAAUCCGCGAUACUCAACACGUUUGGGCGAAGGUCGUAUGGACUUGUUUACAAUUUUGUUACAAACACUACCGGGAAAUGCAGUCACGUACUAUGGUGAAGAAAUUGGAAUGGUCAACGGUAAUGUGACUUGGGAGGAAACUGUCGAUACCCAAGGAUGCAGUUCUAGUCCCGAAACGUAUGAAAGCUAUUCACGGGACCCGGAAAGAACGCCCUAUCAGUGGGAUGCUUCAAACAAGGCCGGAUUUACCCGCGGCGAUCAAACAUGGCUGCCAGUUGCUGCCAAUUACAGGGAAAGCAAUGCCCUGAGUCAAUCACGAACCCCCCGCAGUCACUUGCAAUUGUUUAAAACAUUGAUUAGAUUGCGGCAGGAACCCUCCAUGCAAGACGGUCCACUUGAGAUAAAAUCCAUACUCGAUGACAUUCUUAUCUACUCCCGGCAACAACCGAACAGCGACAUGUACGUCAUUGUUUUGAAUUUGAGCAAUAGAACGCAAACCUUCAACGUGAAUGACCACUUCAAAAUUGGUAGCAAGGCCGAAGUGAUUUGCUCGUCCCUGCAAUCGAAACACAUCGAGGGGUAAGUUUAGCGAAAAAAAACAA